AUGUCCGUCACACUCACAGAAAACCGAACAACCUACUCGCUGGGCAGAACGCUUGCCGACUACGACUUGCAACACAGCGGCGAAGAAAAUGACUUCUCAGAGACCACCAACUCUCGUCCUGCGCCGCAAGGUGCUGGCAACAACCCAGCAGACUGGGAAGACAACUUUCGCCGAGUGCCAGACUACCGACCUGUUGACCAUGAGCUCGACUUUGCUUACCGCGACACGACACAAAACGGUAUCGAGCGAGCUUUCAUUUGGAACAUGUUUAGUGGAAUCGUUCUCACAUCGUACACAAACAGACUUUGGAGAGCAACUGGAGGCAAGCUGAACGACACCUACUUCCGCUGGCAGGUUGGAGGAGAGCAUUGA